CGAGAUAGUACAACGGCAGUCGCGUGAAAAAUCAUUUUUAUACUGUUGACCAAGCAAAUGGAGCUAAUAUAAAAUAUCAAAAUAGAGCAUUUGAAUUAAACUGCAAAACGGCCAGGGAUCAUUUACGGCAUUGCCGCCAUUUUAUAUAUGUAGGGCAUGCAUUGGUAUUAGUGUUAUUUAUUAUUGCAAAAAAUACCGCGACGCGUUGUUGCUGCCGCUGCUGGUUAGCCAGCAUUUUGCAGUAGUCUAGUGUGUGUCCGUGUGUGUGUGUGUAGGUAUAUAUAUAUAUACAUAUAUAUAUAUAUAUAUUUGUUCGUAAGAGAGUGAAGAAAGAAGAUAUUUCUUGAUUGCGAUUGCAAAUCCACGUGUGGAUAGUCUUGACUAUCGUAGCCGGCAAAAUGAGCAGCACGCCCAGCGGCGAGGCUGUGCUGACGGUCACAACGCCAGCGACGCCAUCGCCUUCACUCAAAGCCUUUGAUUUUGAUUUUACGGGUAGCAACUAUGAAAUGGAUGCCAGCAUUUCGGAUGAGGAGCGUCGCUUCUAUCUCAAAAUGUAUCCCACCGUCGAUGUGGUCAAUCAGCGUAAAGUCCACUGCACCGUUUGUCGCAUGCAUAUUGGGACCGCGGCCAGCGCGGACAGCAAUAUUAAAAUGCAUCCGAUAUUGCGGGUAACGCACUGCAUCAAAUGCCAUGACUUCUACAACAGCGGCGAGUUCUCCAAGGGGGAGGAUGGCUCCGAGUUGUACUGUCGCUGGUGUGGUCAAGGCGGCGAGGUAUAUUGCUGCUCAACCUGCCCAUUUGUUUUUUGCAAGUCGUGCAUCAUUAAAAACUUAUCGCGUGGCGUUAUCGUGGACAUUGAGCAGAACGAGAACUGGAAUUGCUUCAAGUGCACGUCGAAAAUACUGUGGCCGCUGCGCGCCCAGCACUGGGCGCUUGUCAACUAUAUCCAGACGCAGAAGAACGGACUGCAAUCGAUGCAGCUGUCCGAAUCGGAAAUGCGCAGGCAUAUGCACAAGGACUACAGCACAUGCUGUCGCCUGGCCAAAGCCAAGGCCAACAGUCUGUCCGACUCCAUGGAGAGCCUAGAAUCAAAUGCUUCCAAGCGCAGUCAUGCCAGCUCUGUGCACUCAGUCAAGAAGUCGCCCAAACCACAGUGUCCGCCCGCAAAGCGUCCAAAGUCCUCCAAUGAUGAGGUAGUCUGUACGCCCGAUUUGCUCAGCAUGCUGGAACCGGAUUGUCAAAUUUCAGUGGCACAAAAGCCUGGUCCACGGCCCACUAUAACUCCAGCGGCCAGUAUCACCACCACCACGCCGCGCAUUGUGACUGUACAACAAAAUUACAGUGGACCCAGUCCGAGUACUAAUGGCAGUGCCACAACCGGUCCACGGAGCAGCUUGCCCCCGCCAUUGGUGUUGAGCAGCUCGGGCAUGCGCUACCGCCAGGCGACACCCGGUCCAGCUUCUGUUGUGCGACGCACCGUGGUGCCAAAUGCCGUACGCACUGCGGGCCCCGUCUUCCAUACCAUAAAUGGUUUUCGUGUCGAUCUCAAUAGCGCAGCGCAGCAGGACUCCUAUCGUCUGCCCAAUGGUCGGCUCAUACAGGUCAAGCGCCAGUUGCCACCCAGCGGCCAGCCCGCAACAACGGUGGCGCGCACCCCUAUUUCAAUGAAUCCGCAGGUCAUCAUACGCCAACAGACACCGGGAGGGCCAUCGCCGCGCGUGGUCCACCCCAGUUUUGGCUCCAAUAUGGGUAUCUAUAAUCCACAAACUAAUCAACAGCAGCGCGCGCCGCAAGUGGUGCGCGUCAACAAUGGCAGCCAGGUGCAUUCGGUGAACGUUGCGGCGGCAUCGACGCCUUCCAACAGUAAUGGCGGGACAACUAUUAUGAUGACGCCAGCAGCAGUGCACAAGGCUCCGACACUGGUGCGUCAUGUGUUCCCCAACAGUCCCAUUGGUAUGGCUCGCACCCAGCUGCAGGAGCAGAUCUUUAAUGCGAUGGAAAUAUGCACGCAUCUGACGGGCAAAGUGCAAACGCUAACCCAUUCGAAUGCGUACAAUCAGGCGCGCAGCUACAUGGAUCUCAAGGAGCUCUACAUACAUUUAUCCUAUCUGAUGACCUAUGCGAUUGGACGCUUUAAACAGCUGCAAGAUAAGUGCCUGGUCGAUAUGCGCGAAAUGGGCUUCAAGAAUGAUGCUAACAGCUUGGAGAACGGUCAACUGGCAGCUGAAAAACAAGCCAGCGACGAUGAGGACAAUGAGAUUGAGAUCGUGGAGCCCAAAACGGAUACCAUUACCAUUGAUUCCGAUAACGAGGAGGAGCUACCUUCAGUUUCAAACGUUAGCAUACCAAAGGGCCUGAAAAUAACAUCUGUAAAAUCAACGGCACCAGCAUCGAAUAUAAUUAAAAUUGAUCCUGUUACCGCCAACAUGGACCCAAACAUGGAUAUUGAUGUGGCGGCCUUUAGCUCAUCCAUUUUGGCCAGUCUGCUGGAAGUGGACAUUACCGAGGGCGUUGGCGAGGUAAAAACUCAUCAAGCCACUUCACCAGGUGGUACCAUACAAAAGAAGCAGCCGCGUAAAAAGAUGACGAACAAACCGAAUCCAGCGCUGCUGCAUCUGGAGCGCCAGCGCAUGGAGGAAACAAAGCGCAAUGAUGCCAAGCUUAAAAUGAAGGUGGUCGUCAAGCUGAGGCGUGCCGAGGAAGACUUUGAGGUGGCGCGCAAAUGGAUGGACAUGGAACAUGCAAAGAAGCUAGCUAAGAAAUCCACAGUGUUUGAAUCACAGCCAAAUGCUGAAGAGCAGAUGCAGAAAGCUGAAAGCCAGAAUGAACCAGUGGAGGCAGCAAUCGACGCCAAUAAAGAAGAGGAAAGUGAUAAUACCAUGCAAAAUGAUAGUGAGAAGGAACAGGAACAGCACGUUGAAGAUGAGUUGCUGCAGAAAAUGGACACAACAGACGCAACUAACUCUCAAACAGACGUUGAAAACAUCGAAACGAAGUCGACGAGCCAAAAGAAAGCCGAAGAUGCGGAUAAUCCUGAAGAUAUUGAAAUCUCAGCUGCGGAUAAAGAAAAAACUGAAACAGAGCCAAUUAAAACAAGUAUAGCAAAAUCAACGGAAGGCCUAGAAGUGACAGAAAGCGCAGGAAUUAUGGAAAAUAAAAAGUCCAACGAAGCAACAAUGGAAGUAACAGAAAUAAUUGAGGCUGAUGACGAAAAAAUUGAAUUGAAUGAAACUGAAACAGAUACAACAGCUGGUGUAACAACUGAGGAAGCGGAUGAAGCUGAAGACGAAGAAAGUAUGCCGCAAUUAAAAUAUAGAGAAGCUGAUCAAACAGCGUUGGAUGAGGCAGUUAUAAAAUCUGGCGUUGCAGCCAGUGCCAAGACUGAUGCUGCAGCGCCAGCAGCUGAAGCAAAUGAAGACAAUACAGCCGCAAAAGCUGCCGACACCAGCGAGACAGAUGCUGAUGAGACGGACGCAACUGCAUGUAAGGAGAGCUCAAGGAACAGUUCACCUGUGACCGCUGCUGAGGCGACGGCGCAGGCAAAGAAUGAUUCAACAACUUACCACAAGUUAGUCCAAGCGUCCGAAGCUGAGCAGCCGACUGAGAUUACAACACAGAGUAGUCCAAGCAAGGCAUCCCCACCAGCAAGCCCAAGUGUCGAACACCUUGAUCCGCCAUCGGAUACGACUGACGCCGCAAUAUGACUGCUGUGCUAGUUUGGAAUCCAAAUACCCUAACACAUUUUAAUGCUACAAUUAACUUUGCUUCGAAUUGUAGGCUCGAAUGUAAUUUGUUAUUAUAGUUUUUAGUAAUAUUUUUGCGUAUGAGCUACUCAAAAACGAACAGCGCAAAAAGGACGUAUGCAACAGCUUAGAUUUAAGAGGAUUAAGCAUUUAAUAUCAGAACUUUUUGUUUUCGUUUUCGAAAAGCAACUAGCCCAAAUCAAUAAUAUACCAUGGCACAUGAAAAUUCAGAACA